CUCCUCCACAAUGAGCUCCGGAGAGCAACCAUGCUACACACUCAUCCACGUGCCCAGUGACGCUGAGCUCCCAUCAGAAGCUCAAUUGAAGGAAAAAUUCGAGAAAGGAGGCGAUAAAGAGCGAAUUGAGGCGCUCAAAAAGCUCAUUUACAUGAUUUUAAACGGAGAAAAAACGUCGCAGAGCAUGCUAAUGUACGUCAUCCGCUUCUGUCUUCCAUCCAAUGAGCACACCCUUAAAAAAGUGCUCUUGAUCUUCUGGGAAUGUGUUCCGAAGACGGAUUCCAAUGGAAAGCUGCUCCACGAGAUGAUUCUGGUGUGCGAUGCCUACCGAAAAGACCUUCAACACCCGAAUGAGUUCGUUCGCGGUUCGACCCUUCGGUUUUUGUGCAAACUCCGUGAGCCCGAGCUUCUCGAGCCGCUUAUGCCGGCGAUUAGAGCUUGUUUGGAGCAUCGGCACUCGUAUGUUCGUCGUAACGCUGUCUGCGCGAUUUUCACUAUUUAUAAAAACUUUGAAUUCCUGAUCCCAGACGCACCGGAGCUCGUCACAGAAUACCUUGAACAGGAGCAAGAUGCUUCGUGCAAGCGUAACGCUUUUAUGAUGCUCCUUCACGUAGAUCAAGCUCGUGCUCUUGACUAUUUAUCGGGAUGUAUCGAUCAAGUCGGAUCUUUUGGAGAUAUAUUGCAGCUCGUUAUUGUUGAACUCAUUUAUAAGGUUUGCCACAAUAAUCCAAACGAGGCUUCCCGAUUCAUCAGAUGUGUCUACAAUCUUCUUCAGUCAUCAUCACCAGCCGUUAGAUACGAAGCCGCCGGCACCCUCGUCACCCUCUCCAACGUACCAGCCGCCGUGAAGGCCGCCGCCAGUGCCUACAUCGACCUGAUAGUCAAAGAGUCGGAUAACAAUGUGAAGCUCAUCGUUCUCGACCGGCUUGUGGCUCUUCGCGGCUCGUCGAGCAACGAAAAGAUUCUCCAAGGACUUGUCAUGGAUAUUCUUCGUGUGCUCAGCUCGCCGGGCCUAGAAGUUCGCAAAAAAACGCUGAGCCUGGCGUUGGAUUUGGUUUCAAGCCGAAAUGUCGAGGAUAUGGUGAUGUUUUUGAAGAAGGAAAUCAAUAAAACCGCCACCGAAUCCAACGAUGAAAAUGGAAAAUAUCGGCAGGAGCUUGUCAAGACGCUUCACGCGGCGACUAUCAAGUUUCCAGACGUUGCUUCAACUAUUGUUCCAGUGCUCAUGGAGUUCCUAUCAGACACCAAUGAAAAAGCCUCCUCAUAUGUGCUCCAAUUCGUUCGUGAAGCUGUUCAUAAGCUUCCUAACCUGAAAAACGCGAUCCUUGGAGCUCUCCGUGAAGGUAUUCCGUUCAUCCAAUCGCCUACGAUCUUCAUGUCAGCCCUCUGGAUCCUUGCGACGUACUGUGAAGCCGAUGGAGCUCUGGAUGUGCUCAAGCUUGUUAAGAACUCUCUUGGAGAGCUUCCACUUGUGGAUAGUGAGCUCUCUGGGCAGGAAGAGCAAAAGCCGGAGGAGCAGCAGCCCGAGCAGCAGCAGAAGCAAAAACCGAAAGUCACUGCAGACGGAACGUACGCCACUCAGACGGCUCUCUCGAGCACUGUAACCACGUCAAAAAAGAACGAGAAGCCGCCACUCCGACGUUUCCUGCUCGACGGCGAGUUCUUCCUCGGAGCAUCGCUAGCCACAGUGCUCACGAAGCUCGCCCAACAAUUCACCGAGCUCAACGGAGCCGCGAGCGAACGUGCGAAUCGAUUCAGAGCCGAGUGUAUGCUUAUCCUCUCGUCGAUUAUUCAUUUGGCAAAGAGUGGGCUGUGCAUUGUGCAUCAACAAGUCAACGAGGAUGAUCUCGAUCGAAUGGGAGCAACAAUUAAGAUUUUGGCUCAAGGGAUUCCGGGGCUCGACGAGCAGUACGGCGACGAUUGUAAGAAGAGUUUAGAGUUGAUGCUCGGAGCCAAGUCGAUUAGUCGGCUUGAUGUUACUACUGAGAAGAUGGCUUCCACCACGGCUGCUGGAUAUCGAUCCAAAGAUUUUGUGGAAAUUGAUAAAACUAUCAAUUUUACGCAGCUCUCUGCUCGGAGCAACCAGCAAGGCGAGAAUUUGUUCGACUUAUCGCUCUCGCAGGCUCUUGGAACAGCUCCGAAGGCUCAAAAAUUCGACUUUUCGAGCUCAAAACUGGGAAAAGUGAUUCAACUCGCCGGAUUUUCGGAUCCAAUCUACGCUGAAGCCUAUGUCAAUGUGAAUCAGUAUGAUAUUGUGCUCGACGUGCUCAUUGUCAAUCAAACAUCGGAUACACUUCAAAAUGUUUCCCUUGAGCUCGCCACUGUUGGAGACUUGAAGCUUGUCGAUAAGCCGACACCGGUUACACUUGCUCCCAAUGAUUUUUCGAAUAUUAAAGCGACGGUGAAGGUUGCGUCGACGGAGAAUGGUGUGAUCUUUUCAACGAUUUCGUAUGAUGUGACAGGAUCUACGUCGGAUCGGAAUUGUGUCUAUUUGCAGGAUAUUAAGAUUGAUAUUAUGGAUUACAUAGUGCCUGGCAACGUGACAGACACAGAAUUCCGUACAAUGUGGAGUGAUUUCGAAUGGGAGAAUAAGGUGAACGUGAUGACGCCGAUUCGUGAUCUACGGGAUUUCCUUAAUCAUUUGUCGACAUCUACGAAUAUGAAGGUUUUGACUGGAGAUGCGGCGAUUGAAGGCGACUGUGGAUUCCUGGCAGCCAAUCUAUGUGCUCAUUCGAUUUUCGGUGAAGAUGCUCUCGCGAACGUCUCUGUCGAGAAGGCUCUUCCGAUGGAUGACUCGUCGCCGAUCGUCGGUCAUAUUCGGAUCCGUGCAAAGAGCCAAGGAAUGUGCCUGACACUGGGUGAUAAGCUGAGCUCGGCAAUGCGUUCACGACGUGAUGGUCAACCGAUUGCUGCUCCGUCGGCUUGAAGGGGCCCUGAGGCUUGAAGGCUUGAAGAAGGCUUGAAGGCCCAAAGGCUUAUAAAUUUUAUUCAUUUUUUUCUCUCUUGGAUUUGUAUGAUUUGUGAUUGAUUUACUGAUUUUUUUUUUGGAAUUAAUUAUUGAUUUUUUGUUCCAAGUGUUUAUUGCUCCCCCAGCCCCCCAGUCCGUAACUUAUUGAUUUUUUUUCCACGCAAAAAAUUAUUCCCCCUCACCCCCCGUUUUUCUGUCUAUUUUUUUUGUAUGUCCCACCACAUUCGUGUGAAAUGAACAACAUGGGUUC